GCAGCUUGUAAACAGGCUGACCGUAGAGUAGCCGAGUGGAGCAAACUGACAGAAAUUUAUGGACAUUUGUCGUUUACCAUUAAAGUGACAAUGAAGCGGAGUGCAGGGACAAUUUCAGCUAUUAAAGCCCUGGGGUAUCCAGGCGGCUCCUGUCUGUCCCGGUGCUCGUGUGAUGAGCUUCCCUGUCCGCUGCUCAGCUGGCUGGCUGCUGAGCUCAGGACUCUCUGUCCCGAGCUGCCAGACUGCAACAGGACAGGUGACAUCUUGCUAGUGGGAGAGCUGAGGAAUUUACUAUCAGACAUGUCCUCUCCCCUCACUUUCCUGACCUCUGAGGUGCUCGAACCAUCCAGCCUAAACAAAAUCACUGACUUUCUUGUAUCAGAAUUGCAAGCAGCUAGCAUAAUCAAGCAUAAGGACUUGCACUCCGAGGAGAAGACAACAGCAGAGGAGUCUGAAAAAGAACAGCGAGUGGAAGGUCUCAGCCAUGAAGUCUCUGAGUGUUAUCAGGAAUACGACAAUGAUGAUGUUUCAGAGAGAAGAAAUGCAGAGAUGCAGGCAGAAUGGAUAUUACUGCUACAUGCCCUUGACAUGGACGCCUCCUCUCAAUUUGAAGAUGUGUUAAGUGAGGUGAAGUCCAGACUUGCUCAGCUACCGUGUGGUGACAUGACAAAGCCUCUUCUCAAAACCAGCCUCAGCGCAGAGCAGUGGAUGCAAGUGAAAAAGAUGAACACAUUUCUGCUGGAGGACUAUCAGUGUCGGAGACAGAUGAUGAUCAAACGCUUUCAGGUUACACUUGAGUCAUUUGCGUGGGGAGAAAAACAAAAGGAGCGCCGUGCAGCACUGGCCUCAGUUCCUCCUCUUGCAUCCCUUGCCAGCUCCUCCCAAGUGUCUCCAUCUCUUCUGCUUGCUACCAGGGAGGAUCAGUCCUUUAAUGAUCUAAUCAGGGCUGAAACAAACACCCCUGUCUACAAGAAAUUGAUGGGCAGCGUACCGGACAGAGGAGGACGACCGGGGGAGAUUGAGCCACCUAUGCCAGCGUGGGAAGACAGAAGAGCCAAAGGAAACAGAUGGGGACGAGGAAGUGGACACCAUCAACGGCACAAAUUUUCAGGAAAGAAGAAGAAAGGGAAGAAGGAGUAAAAUCUCUUUAUUUUUGGCUUUGCUGCUUAAAUUGGGAAAAAAUGCUAAUUUUUAUUUAAAUUUUUGUUGUAAAAGAAAUCGAGUGUGGAAUGAUAUGAUUUUACAGUUACAAAUCUGUGUAUAAUUUGUAGUUACGGUACAUGUACAUACCUGAUUGUGUACAUUUCUAAAAUAGCUUAUCAUUGCUAUAAUGUACUGGUAUAUGACCAGAUAUUUUUGUAAAUCUUUUGUUCAUAUGAAAGAACAGAUCAGAAAAAUAAUGUCUGACUUUUAUGUGCGUGCUUUCCACAUUUAUAAAUAGGUUUGUUGAAGAAUAAACCUGUUAAAUGCAGAUUUA